AUGGCUCAUGAUUUUAAAUUAUGCAAUUUUACUUUGCAAUUUCUUCGUGGACGAUGGUUCAUGAUGUUUGCUUCAUACUUGAUCAUGGCUGGUGCAGGUGCAACAUAUUUAUUUGGUGUUUAUUCGAAAACUAUAAAAUCGACUCUUGGAUAUGACCAAACUACCCUCAAUCUUCUUAGUACAUUCAAAGAUUUGGGUGCUAAUGUUGGUGUCCUUUCUGGUCUUUUAGCCGAGGUAACGCCUACUUGGUUCGUUCUUUUAAUCGGAUCACUAAUGAAUUUAAGUGGAUAUUUUUUAAUAUGGCUAGCCGUGACCAAAAAAAUUGCAACACCUAAAAUAUGGCAUAUGUGUGUGUACAUAUGUAUUGGUGCAAAUUCACAAAAUUUUGCUAAUACUGGUUCACUUGUUACAUGUGUUAAAAAUUUCCCACAUAGUAGAGGGAUGAUGUUGGGAUUAAUGAAGGGUUUUGUAGGGUUAAGUGGUGCAAUAUUUACACAACUUUAUUUGGCUAUUUAUGGUAAUGAUUCGAAGUCGUUGAUACUUUUAAUUGCUUGGCUACCUGCACUCUUAUCGAUGAUUUUCAUAUUUAGUAUUAGGGAGAAGAAAUUUUCUAGACAUCCUAAUGAGGUGAAAGUAUUUAAUGUGACUCUUGUAAUAUCAAUUAUAUUGGCUUUGUUAUUGAUGGGGAUGACAAUUGCACAAAAGUACAUUGAUUUCUCACACAUUGGUUAUGUUGCAUGUGCCACUAUAGUUUGUGUGGUGUUAUUUUGUCCAUUUUUUGUUGCAAUAAGGGAGGAGUAUACAAGUUGGAAGUUGAAAAAGAAAGAAUUGGAAAGUGUACCUUCUAGGGUUAUUGUUGAAGAACCUCCUUUGCCGGUGUCGGAAAUCGAGUUGCCGGAAUAUUCUUCCAUGGUGAAAAUACAAGAGAAGGAGGAGGUUGGAUGUUUUAGUGACAUAUUCAAGAAGCCAAAAAGGGGUGAGGAUUAUACCAUAUUACAAGCCUUAUUGAGUAUAGACAUGUUGAUUUUAUUUGUGGCAACUUUUUGUGGACUAGGGUGUAGUUUAACAUCAAUAGAUAAUUUAGGACAAAUUGGUGAGUCCUUAGGGUAUCCACAACAUACCAUUAGCACAUUUGUGUCCCUAAUGAGUAUAUGGAACUAUUUUGGUAGGGUUUGCUCAGGAUUCAUCUCAGAAAAACUUCUUUUAAAGUGGAAAGUCCCUCGCACACUAAUGAUGACCUUAGCUCUCAUCUUGCCCGCUAUAGGCGAUCUCAUCAUUGCAUUCCCAUUCUCUGGUUCAGUCUAUGUGGCAUCAUUACUUAUAGGUUUCUCUUUUGGUGUCCAAUUGACUCUUCUUUUCAUCAUAAUAUCAGAGCUCUUUGGACUGAAGUAUUACUCAACGUUGUUCAAUUGUGGUCAAUUGGCUAGUCCACUUGGAUCGUACAUAUUGAAUGUGCAAGUUGUGGGGAGACUAUAUGAUAAAGAAGCAUUGAAGCAACUAGAAAGUAAAGGGUUGACAAGAUUAAUGGUGAAAGAAUUGACUUGCAUUGGUAAACAAUGUUAUAGAAAUUCUUUUAUCAUAUUAGCUUGUGUUAAUUUAUUUGGAGCUCUUGUUUCGUUGAUUUUGGUUAAGAGAACUAUGGAGUAUUACAAGAGUGAUAUUUAUAAAAGGUUUAGAGAUCAAAUGGAAGCAAAUGAAAAGGAGAUGAAGAUGAUUUCUACUGCUGAAAAAUAA